AUGUGGACCCACACUCCCCCCCUCUUUAGGCUAGUUACCGAUGGACAACCACCACUCAGACAAUGUCUCCACCCAGAGGCGUGCAGCAAAGACCUCACAUUACCCACAUACUACGCCAGUUUCCACGACCUGCGCAAAGAGUACGUACGGGCAUACACACUGCGAGCUGUCACGCCGCGUGCGCAGCCGCCGCCACCGCCGCCUGAUCACCCGACUUCAUUGCACGAUAUGCUAAAUUAUUUAGGCAUAACACCCUAUGCAGGCGAAAACUUCUACGCGGCGGAAGUGAAAGACAUGGCGGCGAUCAUUCAAAGGAUUAUCACAGAUGGUUUCCGCUUGGAGUUGCCAGAGACGAUUGACUUAGUUUUAGAAACUGGAAUUUGGUAA